AUGCCAGUUGAUAUAAAUCGAUUGACAGAAGGUUGGCUAGAAUUGGAAAGUGACCCAGGUUUAUUUACAUUAUUGUUGGAAGAUUUUGGGGUAAAGGGUGUGCAAGUGGAAGAAAUAUAUGACUUGCAAAAAUCAUUAGAAGGUCCGGUAUAUGGAUUCAUAUUUCUGUUUCGUUGGAUAGAAGAGAGAAGAUCCAGACGUAAAGUUGUAGAACAAGAUGAGAGCUUUGUGAAAGAUGAGGAAAUUGUUAACAAUAUAUUCUUUGCACAACAGGUUGUGCCCAAUAGUUGUGCAACCCAUGCACUGCUUUCGGUGUUACUUAAUUGCCCAAAUAUUCAUUUGGGUACAACUUUAUCCAGAUUGAAAAUGCAUACAUCUGGAAUGUGUCCCGAGAACAAAGGGUGGGCAAUUGGUAACACACCUGAAUUGGCAUGUGCACAUAAUUCACAUGCAAUGCCUCAAGCCAAAAGACGCCAGGAUAAAAAUACUGGAGUCUCCACUGGUAGAUUUACCGGGGAAGCUUUUCACUUUGUCAGUUAUGUACCAAUCAAUGGUAGACUGUUCGAAUUGGAUGGUUUGAAACCAUAUCCCAUGGAUCAUGGUCCAUGGAAGGAACAUGAAGAGUGGACUGAACAGUUUAGACGUGUAAUCACUGAUCGCUUAGGGAUGGCAACAGGGGAACAAUUGCAGGAUAUAAGAUUUAAUUUAAUGGCUGUUGUUCCUGACAGGCGACUUGCUAUAUCUCAUAAAUUAACUAUGUUGAAGACUAACAGGCAGAUAGUACUAGAGGCAUUGCAACAACUUGUUAAAUUAAGCCAUCAGGAUGGAACUGAAAAGAACACGAACGAUUCCGAGAAAUCGGAUAAACACUAUGAAAAAAGGAGCAAAACUGACGAUGAAAAUAUUUUGUCUAAUAAAUCAGAAAUCGACGAAUCCUCCUCUAUACCAGCUAUUACUGUUGAAAGAAGCGAUGUUGCAGGAGAUACAGAAGAGUCAGCUUCUGGUAUAACUUCUGGAAAGACUGAAUCCAAUGGUAUGGAAAAGGUAGUAAUGUGUGCAUUGGAUUAUGCUACUCCUCUUCGAAUUCAAACUUCACCAGCCCACAGCUCAUCCAGUACUGAUACAUCAUCCGAAAUCGGAUCGGCAUUUAAUUCUCCAACUCAAGCAUGGGGUUGGAAUUCUGGUCAGAGUAGUCCAACAUCCACAAAAGAUUUUAAAAAAUUUGUUGUGAUUAGAGUGGCUGGGGAUGAGAAAAACGAGGCAGGAUUAAGUCGUUCUCUUGGGAAUAUUAAUAUAAACGGAAAAAGAUUAGUCUCUGACAGCGGCCACCUACACAAAAAGGUUUGCUUAUCUGGCGAAGUUAGAAUACCACACGCGAGGGUGAAAACUAGUAACGGUGACACCGUUACCGAAGAGAAAAAGGUUGAAAAAAUUGAUCCGAAAUUAUGUUCAAAGUAUCCAGAAUUAUUUGAACCACACACGUUUGCGCCCAAAGAUCUUUUAGCAUUAUUGAAGAAUUUAGAGCAUGAAAUAAGUAUUUGUGAAACUAGCUUGAAAGAUGAAAAUGAUAAGAGGAACAAAUACAAGAUUGACGAUUGUCGUAGGACACACAAUUAUGAUGAGUUCAUUUGUACCUUUCUUUCGAUGCUCGCUCAACAAGGUAAAUUAGCAGAACUGGUUCAACAACACUUGACCUUAAAGAAGCAUACUUCUGUGUCAGUGAACAGGGUUCACAGAUCUUCAAAGAAGACGGACACUCGUCCAAACUCCUCGCGCAGACGUCGUGGUAGAACCAAAUGUAAGAAGCGGAAAUAAUUUAAUUAAGUUGAAACAGAAAUUGGAGUUAGCCUACCUAUGGAAUUGU